AUGAGCUUCCCGCGGCCCCUGCGCCGCUCCGUGAGCCUCAGCCCGGGCCGGACCCUGCGCCUCGUCGUGCUGGGGCAGAGCGCCGUGGGCAAGACAGCAUUGACCGUAAGAUUCAUCACCAGGAGAUUCAUUGGAGACUACGACCCAACCCUCGAAAUGAUUUACAGACACAUGGCCGUCAUCGACGGGGAGAUGGUGCACUUCGAGAUCCUCGAUACAGCAGGACAGGAGGAGGAUUCCCUGCAGAUCGAGGAGAAGAUCAAAUGGGGCGACGGCUUCGCUGUGGUCUACUCGGUGACGGACAGAUGCAGCUUCGAUGAGGUCAUGCGGCUGUGUUUCCUCAUCAACCACAUCCACUCCAGCCCCAAGCGGAGCAGUGGGAGCGAGCAGCCACCUGUGGUCAUCGUGGGCAACAAGAAGGACUUGCAGUUUGACAGGAUGGUGUCCACGGAGGACGGCGAAAACCUCUCCAAAGCCUUGAAGCUUCCUUUCUAUGAGAUCUCCACCCGGGACAGCUAUGAAGAGACCGUGGCGGUGUUCAACACCCUCUACCAGGAGCUCAUGAGACAGGGGCAUUUCUCCCCGGGCUCCUUCAAGAGGAGGACAGUGUCGAAGCUGAUGGAGAAGAUCCCUAAGAUGCAAGCCAGCUCCACCUUGAACUCAGCGGGCCGGAGCCUCAGCUUUAACUCCUUCAGGGACUACAUCCCCGAGUGAGCGUCCCCGGUGCGGAGGCGAGAGCGACGGCCAAGCCGGGACGGAGGGACAGGUUAUCCUGCUGCCAGGGCGCCUGCUGCUUCAGCCCCGGGGUUGAGAGGCAGCUCGUGGGGCUGUGCUGGCUCCCGGGAGGGG